GACAAAACCGACGAAUACAAUUAUGGAUUUGAUGUAACAUUUCCUGAAUUCAUAAAAUAUAUUCUUUACCUGCAUGAAUCCGGAUUAGGUAUAAAUAAACAUUUCCGGCCAAUGCUUAGCUUAUGUGAUCCAUGCUCAAUAUACUUUCAGUAUUUUAUAAAAUUAGAAACACUCUCCGAUGAUGCUCGUUUCCUUAUAACUAAAUGGAGAAAUGACUUUGAUGAUGUAAACCUACGCUUUGAGGAUUUCGAAAAAGAAACAGUCAUUGACACUGCUAGAGUGCAUGUAAAUUUUCUCUUCAGUACAAAGAAAGUUCUGGAUGAAAUCAAGUUUCCAUUUAUUAAACUUAUGCUAAGGACAUGGAGAGAUUUGCAGAUACGAGGUUAUCUUUCUAAACAUAUUCCAUUUCCAUUUAAAGAAACUGAUGCUAAAACAGUAACAAAAAAUAAAUACAUUGAAGCUAUUAAGAUUGCACUAAAAAUUCCAGUCAACAGCAAAGAAGUAAAACUUCAAAGGGAAGAGGCCCUGAUUCAGGCGUACAGACAGGUAUCAAUAAAGGAUAUGGAAAGAUUAAGGCAGUUUGUUCUAGAAGACUGUUUAUUGUUUGGAUACGAUGACCGACCUGCUGAAUUGUUUGAUAGAUCUAAAAGUGUGUCAAGAGAUUUUGUUUAUUUAGAUGGACUAACAAAGAAAUAAAUGAUAAGACUUUCUACAUUCAUAUCCUCCUUUUUAAUCUCUUUUUUUCUGUUUUUAAACGGUAAAUAACUUCAAUUAUUUUGCAAGAUUUUAAGCUUGAAACAAAACGGAACACAAUUUUAGUCAAAUUAAAAUGCAAAAAUUCUUUACUUAUGUUUCUAGACUUCUAGACUGUAAAGCUGCUACAAGAGAAGCUUAUUGAAUUGUAUGAAGUUUGAUGUUGAUUUAUGUUUGUAAAUAUUCACUUACUAAAAUAAAGUUAUUUCUGACAUAGGGAUAAAUCAUUAAAAGAAUGAUUUAGAAUUUAAAGCGAUUAUUUUAACGUGAAAAUACUAGUCACAUACCCAAAAUGUUUUUGUUAUCUGAUUUCGUUACUAGUAGUUUGAGAUCUUAAUAUCUUUCAAAUUAGAAUACUGCUAUAUUAUAUGAUAUGCCUGUGCUGAACUUCCAAUUUUAUACUUAUUCUGCUUCUUUUACAUUUGUUUAUUUAUAGCAGGUAUUUGGUAUAUAUUUGGUAAAAUAAUCUCAUCAACUUUGAACUAUGCUCCAUAGGUAAGCGGUAAAUAUGAUUGUUGUUAAUUAGAA